CGACUGAUUUUUUCUGGGCAAGCGCGCCUUUCAUGCAAAUGUGAAAAUAAUAACAGAGGCGUCCAUUGCCAACGUGUUAUGGAGGAGUCUAUUAUCUCCACGCUUGGCAAAAGAAUAUUCCACAAAUACUCUUAUUUCUUUAAAGCCAGGGCAAAUGUUGCCUUCAUCUUUGGCCCAUAUGUUCACAUUUCUUUGCAGCAAAUCCACGCGUUCUUCUUUAAAUCGAUAAAUUAAUUUCCCGUUUCCUCCUGCAGAUCAUGCCUGGUGCCUGAAUAUAAACAGCCAUGGUUUUGCUGAGUAGACAUCUCAAUCUUUUUCUUAUAUUAAUUCCCUUAUUCUUAGGAAUAUCUAAUGGCUGUCAGGGUCUCUCCGAUGCAUAUUCAAAAGGGGCAGAGGAUAGAGGAUUUAUGCAGAUCACCGUCUCUGAAAAGGGCCUAAACUUUGUCAAAACAAUACUCGUCCAACAGGCUCUGCAAUCUUUAGUUCUUUUACAUAUACCUGUUAUAAAAAAAUCGUUCUAUUUUCCAUUAAUUGCCCACUUCAAUGCAGAAGUAUAUAAUUCGUCCAUUGUCAACGUUGAAGUGCCCGUCUCAUCAAUUCAAUUGGGCACGGAAGGAAUCAAUAUUAUAACUUCAGAAGUGGAGGUGAAUUUGACUAUGCAAUGGAAGUAUUAUUAUACAACUUGGUUAGUGCCUGAUCCGGUAUCUGACGAAGGACGAGCGUUUGUGACGAUUGAAGGAAUGGAAGUUGGAAUCACUCUGAAGCUGGAUGAACAAAAUGGAUCUUUAUAUUUGAUUACAAUGGAGUGUGGAACAUACUUGAAGGAUAUCACCAUUGAUUUAGAUGGUGGAGCAUCAUGGUUUUAUCAAGGGUUUGUGGAUGCAUUCGAAGGGGAGAUUAGGGCUGCAGUAGAAAAUGCAGUGACAUCAAAGAUCAAGGAAGGCAUUAUAAAACUUGAUUCCUUGUUGCAGAAUCUUCCUAAGGAAAUAGGAGUUGACGGUAAUGUCGCAAUGAAUUUUACAGUCAUGCAAGCUCCUGAUGUGGGUCCUAAAUCAAUCAGUAUUGGAGUGGAAGGAUUAUUUGUGACAAUGACUCCUGAUUUUCGAGUCCACCGACUUUCCAAUUUGCAACCUGGGAUCUCUUGCAGUGGUUCAUCAAAGAUGUUGGAAAUUGCAUUGAGUGACACUGUGUUGAAUUCAGCUGCUGAAGUGUACACUAAUGAAGGUUUACUGAACUGGUUAGUGGAUAAGUUGCCUGAACAGUCACUUUUGAAUACAGCUAGCUGGAGGUUUAUUAUUCCCAAGCUUUAUAAAAUGUAUCCCAAUGAUGACAUGAAACUAAAUAUUUCAGUAUCUUCACCACCAAUAAUAACCAUUACUUCAGAAGGGGUAGAAGCUGUUGUUAUUGCAGAUAUGAUAAUAGAUGUUAUGGAUGGUGAUGAUACCAUUCCUGUAGCGUGCGUAUCAAUGACAAUUUCUGCUAAUGGAUUAAUGGAUGUUUCUGGGAACAAUAUUAUUGGUGCGGCAAAUUUACAAAACCUCUCCCUUAAGCUAAAGUGGAGCAAUGUUGGUGAUUUUCACAUGCGAUUCAUCCAGGCUGUAGUGCAAACUCUUGUGAAGGAUGUCCUUUUACCCUUGAUAAAUGUACAACUGAAAAAAGGAUUCCCUUUACCCAUCAUUCGAAACUUUAGAGUUCAAAAUGCUGAUGUCAUAUAUGAUGAAUCUCAAUUAGUUGUAUGUACAGAUGUACAGUAUGCUAUUUAAAGAUUCGUCUUACUGUAAAUGAUAUAGUAGAAGUCUCUUUGCACAAUCUGGUUUUAACUAGCAUGUGGAUUUGUUAUUCAUUGCUAUUAUUUAUUAAAGCUACAGCUUCUGUAACAGUGUGUUUAGUCAACUUUGUCAGAGAUUCAUCCACAAAGUUAUCCUUUUACAUUUACUUGUGAAUAAAAAAGAUGUGAAGUAUGCAGGAAGCACGUAUGAUAUUCAUGGAUUUACAUGCUUAGGGGGUAGCCCUUCUUUUGACUGAUUUUCUUUGUACUCUUAUCAAUUAAAAUACCAAGUAUUGAAUUACCAUAUACUGCUGGUUCUUGGAGAGGGUGCCUGUAUUUCAAGCUUACUAGAUUCAAUACAGUGCCAAUUUUGGUGCAUGCAUUCCCUGAUACUGAAUGGGAGUAAUCGACUGCUCAUGAAAGGUUUGAAAAGCUUUGUAGCACCAAAUGAUAAAUUUGGUGGUUACAAGUGAAUAGAGAAAGUAAAUACAAAUUGAAAAGGAAAUAAAAUUUGCUAAAAUGUUACAAAUUUUUUGCUUCAA